GUACAAGUCAUAAGAACCAAAGCGCCUAAGUCUAGCAAUUAAUACAUUACAUAAGAGGUUGAACAAGAUGAAAGGCUGCCUUGUUUGUGUGUUUGUGUUUCUGGUAGCUUCAAGAGCAUUUUUUGAGGAAGUUGGUGCAGCUGGGGAAUGUGGAAAGACCCCAAUUAGGUCAGCAGCAACUAGCUUGAGCCCGUGCUUGAGCUCAGCUAGAAAUGUGAGGGCCAAGGUUCCUCCAACUUGUUGCACCAAAGUUGGGGCCUUGAUAAGUACUGCCCCAAAAUGCCUGUGUGCUGUUUUGUUGUCCCCUUUGGCAAAGCAGGCUGGUAUCAAUCCCGCCAUUGCUAUCACUAUUCCAAAGAGAUGCAAAAUCAGGAACCGACGUGCUGGAAAGAAGUGCGGAAGAUAUGUUGUCCCAUAAGCCAUUGGCUGGCCGAAUACAUAAAAGGGGGACCAGCAAAUCCAAUGUCAAAUGAGAUUAGUGUGUUAAGUUAAAAUAAACAUGUACCCUACCAAGGGUCAUUUGCUGAGAUAUCGUUGACUCUUUCAGGCACUACUAAUACUAUUUUAUGUCAUAUUCUUGUCCUAAUUACGCUUAUUUAAUGGAUUAUGGUCCUUGUCUUGUCCUUAA